GGUGUUUAAAGUGGGAAAAAAUCUAAAAAUUACAAGACAAAAAAAAUAUGUAUUUUCCCCCUCUUUCUCUUCCUGCUUAACGCCUCCUGAGUUCUGUCCACACUCCACAGCCAAGUCACAGUACCCUCUCUCUACAAACUCUACCGGCAACCGGAGACCGGCGAUCGCCUGGAGCCAGAAAUCUUCACUGCUGCUUGGCGACCAACCGGCGACCGCAUGCUAAGCCAGUCACCCACUGGUUCACACUCAGUUUGAACAAAGAAAAAUGCAAUACUCAGAAGAAUGGAAGUCCCUAUUUCCUAUUUCCUCAGUCCAAUUUCCUCCCCUCCUCCUUACGAACGGAAAUUCAAAUUCGAAUUCGAGUUCUUUAUUGGGACCUCUGUGUUUCAACCCCGUCCCAGAGUCUUUGUCCCUUAUCUUCUCUUCUUGUGAUCUAUCCCCCCCUGUUCUCCCUCCUCCUCCCCAACUAUCUUUACCACAUUUUAUUCGGACUUCUGCUACCCAUGACUCUGCUGUCCCUCCUACCAUUGCCACUGUCAUCUCUGCUUCCUUUCAUUCCAACCACCAUCGUAACGUCCUCCCCAACAAUCGUCUUGAGCCCCUCUACUGUCCCAACAACCAGAACCAGGUCUUUAUUUUCUUCCCGACGGGCUCCAAUCUAGAUUCUGUUGGAUUUCUUGUUUUAUUCGUAAGGGAUUCCAAGUUGGCUGUUGAUUUUGGCUCUGUGUUGACUUCCCCAAUUAAAUUUGAUCAUCAGAUUAUUCAAUUAACAGCAUGCCCUAUCACUGAUUGCGCUUUGCCUCAUGUGGGUGGCUCUGCUUGUGUUGGUCUCUUAUUGGCUUGUAAUAUGUAUGCUGCUAAUUGGUUCAGCGUUCGAAGUAGUUUCAAUUCUAAUAAGCCUACCUUGGUUUUUAUGGGUAGUAAGAAAUUUACAAGUAGCAUGGUGGCACAUGCUUGUUGGAACCCACAUUUGCCGGGAGAAUGUGUGGUUUUGUUGGAAAGUGGAGCGUUGUUUUUGUUUGAUAUGGAUUCUUGUCUGGAUACAAGGUUUAGAGGGAAAAGAAUAAGUGUUGUGUGGGAUGAACUGGGUGAAUUGGCAGGGAGUGGGUGGUUUAGCUGUGAAUUCAGUUGGCAUCCUAGAAUUUUAGUCUUGGCUAAUACAAAGGCUCUCUAUGUGGUUGAUUUAAGAUAUGGGAAAUGUCAACAGAGCUGUUUAUUGAGAAUUAAUAUGCUAGAAAUGAGUGACUGUCUUCAUGAGAAGGAUAAGUUUGUUGUGUUUUCAAAGGCUGGAAGUGAUGGUUUCCUCUAUACCGUGGCAUCUGAGCAAUGGCUAUUUUUAUGUGAUGUUCGUAAACCACUAAUGCCGGUGCUGAGAUGGGCCCACAAUCUGCAUGAGCCACGCUACAUGACUGUUUUGUCUCUUUGUGAGCUGAGAUCAAAUCCGCAAGAUAAGCAUGCAGGGGCCUCUGGUAUUAUCUUAGGAUCAUUUUGGAACAAAGAGUUCAAUCUUUUCUGCUAUGGGCGUCCUCAAUCCGCUGUUAAAAGAUCUUUAUCUAGUCAAAUUUUAAAAUUAUCUAAUUCCUUCUAUGCAUGGGAACUUCCGUCACUGUUACCGCUGGCUGGUCAAAAUUGCCUCUGUGGCAGUUGUCUUUUGAGGGAGGAGUUUGCAAAGGAUGAUCUUCCUGAAUGGAUCGAAUGGCAACAGAAACAGGAAUUGGUUCUUGGAUUUUGCAUCCUUAACAAGGAUCUUUCUUCUUUAUUGCCCAAUGCUGGAGAGCACGGGGGGUUUACACUUAUCCGGUUGAUGUCUACUGGGAAACUUGAAACACAGCAGUAUUGUGCUUCUUGGAAAUUGGCGAGGAAUGUGGCGAGGGCACAUCAAGAAGUGACUCCUCUUAAAGAUUCCCUGUUAUGCGCUAUGGGUGAUGAGAAUAAUAAAUUUCCAAGGAGGUAUCGGUACAUUAAACUUCAGUACCUCUAUGGCCAUUUGAGUGAUAACCUUGCCAAAUUAUUGUUUACAAAAUUUAGGAAUGUCCCGGCUGUCUCAGGUGUGAAGAAAUCUUCUAAUGAACGUUUCCAUGAAUUCAUGAGUGAGAAUUUAAAUUCAUUAAGCUGUGAUCCAGAAAGAGUUGCUGAUUUUCUCAAAGAUGUUAGCAUGCCAGCAAGUGUGUAUGAGAUUGUCAGUAGAAUGAUGUGGACUGGGUUACCCAUGAAUAUCUUAGAGGUGGCUUUUCCAGAGUAUGCUGAUGUUCUUGAAUUUGAUCAGAAGAAAGUGCCUUUGGAAUUUCCAGUCAUUCCUGACCAUAAUCAGUCACCUCCCUUCUUGUUAAGAAACCCUUCUCACUGCAGUAUGAAGCGGUCAAGCAAGGUAAGACACAGUGAAGAUUUCGUGGGUCCCGUUCUUCCUCUUCCUGCAUUAGUCGUUCAAGUGACAAACAGGAAAAAGAAUGUGCAGUCUCGCUCAACGAAGACAUGGAUGAGACCUGGACCAACAAAUCGAGAUCAAAGUCGUUAUUCUUGUAUAAGCCAUCUGCGUGCUUAGAUGAAGUGGAGGAACAUAAGGGAUUUGUACUAGGAGAGAGAUUCCAUACUGUAGUUUCUGAAUAUGCCAAGGAUGAUGGUGAUUUUUUCUCUGGUCUUUGCCCAAUGGAACUAAAAUUUGAUUCCGAUAUUAACAUGGAGAUGGUAU